UUCUCUUCUUCUCUGAUCGUUCUCUUCUGUGUUUUUAAGGUUUAAUUCUUAGUUUUCACCAAUAUUGAUUAUCAAAUUACUUGAGUUUUUAAGGUUUAAUUUUUCAUGGGUUCUUUGGCUUAUGCUGUUAUGGGGUUUUUGUGAUGAAUCUAUCCAUAUAUAAGGAAGAUAGAAACAACUGCGCUAGGGUUUGCGUAUCCUUUGUAUUGAUGGUUUCCUCUAUGUUUACUAUCAUCUGUAUUCUGCAUUCUACAGUUGCAAUAGCAUGUGGCUCCUCAAUAAUGUUCUAUCUUAAGGACAUCUCUGUUCUUGGUCAUGGCACUGAGACAGCUCAAAAGCUUUUAGGUUCAACCCCACAUGAUCAAUUACUGAUCCAAAUAUCCAAUUCCUUUGCGGGUUUGCUUCUGUUUGUAAUUGGGUUUUUAGUGUUCAUGGUAGCAUUUGUGAAGGAUAAAGAGUUUCAAAGCUUUUUUGCUAAAGGGUGUGUGCUUCUCCAUGUAGCAAUGGCUCUUUGGAGGUUUUACUUUGAGCGGAGGCUUGAGGAUUUGGCUUGGCAUUGGCCAAAGCAGGUGAUUGGAGAUCUUUUGCUGGCACUUUCUUGGGUGUUCUUUCUGGUGUAUACUUGGAGGGAAAAGUAUGAUUAGUCUGAAGAAGAACUGGAACUAAAUCAUUUGGAGCAACAUUGGAUUUUGAGAGCUGUCACUGAUGAAUGUAGGUGUGGAUCACAGCUUUUAAGUUCAAAUGGGAUUAAAUUAAUUAAGAAUUUUCUCAGUUCUUGCAAGAAGCAUCUCAAUGUGGGAAAUUUUGCUGAUUGCCACUGUAGAUUUUUCCAUCCAUAUUUUCACUUGGUUUGGAUUACUGUUAUGGAUCAUAGCAGGAGAAAAAUUCUAGGGAUUUCUUGUUAUCAGUUUUGUUUCAAAACCUUGUGUAAGAGUACUUAAUUGUAUUACAAUAAAUUUUACAUUUUGGAACA